AUGUCUGCUGAAUCGUCUGGUCCUGGUUUAGCUUUUAUAACUUAUCCUGAGGCCAUAUCACAUAUGCGAGCUAGUUUAGUUUUUUCAAUACUUUUCUUUCUUAUGCUACUUGCACUUGGACUUAGUUCACAGUUUGCUUUAACUGAUGUUCCAAUAACAUCCAAAGCAGAACUAUUUCCUACAUUUAGAUCUAAACGACCAUAUGCUGUUGUAUUGACUUGUACCGUUUCAUUUUUAGUUAGUUUGCCAUUUACUUGUCCGGGUGAAAUUUAUUUAUUUGAUUUAUUUUUUGAAUAUGCAGCUAAUGUAUCAAUCAUUGUUGUUGGCUUUUUUGAGGUCUAUACAGUCGCUUAUAUUUAUGGUUUUAAUCAUUUUAUGAAUGAUGUUAAAAUUAUGUUAGAAAAGCAAGCAGCUCAAUAUUAUCUUUGUGUAACAUGGUAUGUCAUUGCUCCGAUUCUAAUGAUUAUAGUCAUAGCUUCAAAAUUAAUCGGUAUUGAACCUAUGAAAAAUAAACCUAGUGGCUGUUUUGAAGAAUAUACAUAUCCCAAAUGGAGUACAGUGCUUGGAUAG